AUCUUUUCCAUACUCCAUCUUUCCCUCCUCCUCCUCUUUCUUUCCUCUUGGUCUUAAACCAUGACCAACCCAAAACUAGGUUAUGCCGGAAUCUCCGAUUCCGGCAACCACAUUCCCUCCUCCAAGAAAAACCACAAGAAGCUCCUUCUCUCUCUAUUGGCCACCCUCCUCGUGGCGGCCUCCGUGGUGGCCAUUGUUGCCGGAGUAAAAAACAAAACCAAAAACUCCGACAACUCCGACACCACCAGCACCUCCCUCUCCCUCUCCCACCACUCGCACGUGAUCGUUAAGAGCGCCUGUAGCUCCACAUUCUAUCCCGAACUCUGCUUCUCCGCCAUAGCCUCUGAGCCCAACGUCACUCACAAAGUCACCAACCACCGCGACGUCAUCCAACUCUCCCUAAGCAUCACCUUCCGCGCGGUGGAGCGCAACUACUUCACCGUGAAGAAACUCCUAACCAAACACGACCUAACGAAACGCGAGACAACCGCGCUCCACGAUUGCCUCGAAACCAUAGACGAAACCCUCGACGAGCUCAGAGAAGCACAACACGACCUCGAGCUCUACCCUAACAAGAAAACUCUGUACCAGCACGCCGACGAUCUCAAAACCCUCAUCAGCGCCGCCAUAACGAACCAGGUCACGUGCCUCGACGGUUUCUCUCACGAUGACGCAGACAAACACGUGAGGAAAGAGUUGGAGAAGGGACAGGUGCAUGUGGAACACAUGUGCAGCAACGCAUUGGCCAUGACGAAGAACAUGACCGACGGUGACAUAGCAAACUACGAAUACAAGAUGAAAGUGGAAAACACUAACAGCAAUAGAAAGUUAUUAGUGGAGAAUGGUGUUGAGUGGCCGGAGUGGAUUUCGGCGGCGGAUAGGAGGCUGCUGCAGGCGGCGACGGUGAAGGCGGACGUGACGGUGGCGGCGGACGGGAGCGGGGACUUUAAGACGGUGACGGAGGCGGUGAAGGCGGCUCCGUUGAAGAGUAGUAAGAGGUAUGUUAUAAGGAUUAAGGGUGGGGUGUAUAGAGAGAACGUUGAGGUGGAUAAGAAGAAGACGAAUAUCAUGUUCUUGGGUGAUGGAAGGACCAACACUAUCAUCACUGCUAGCAGAAAUGUUGUUGAUGGUAGCACCACCUUCCACUCUGCCACCGUCGCUGUGGUGGGUGCAAAUUUCUUGGCCCGGGACAUAACAUUCCAAAACACAGCGGGCCCAUCAAAGCACCAAGCCGUGGCCCUAAGGGUUGGUGGGGACCUCUCAGCAUUCUUCAAUUGUGACUUCCUAGCAUUCCAAGACACCCUUUAUGUGCACAACAAUCGCCAAUUCUUCGUCAAGUGCCUGAUUACUGGCACAGUGGAUUUCAUCUUUGGCAACUCAGCAGUGGUGUUCCAAGACUGUGACAUCCACGCCAGGCUUCCUGACUCGGGCCAGAAGAACAUGGUCACGGCCCAAGGAAGAGUUGACCCUAACCAAAACACUGGCAUUGUGAUCCAAAAGUGUAGGAUUGGUGCCACUAAGGACUUGGAGUCUGUGAAGAAGAAUUUCAAGACUUAUCUUGGGAGGCCUUGGAAGGAGUACUCUAGGACUGUGAUCAUGCAAAGUAGUAUAAGUGAUGUCAUUGACCCAAUUGGGUGGCAUGAGUGGAGUGGGAAUUUUGCAUUGAGUACUUUGGUUUAUAGGGAGUACCAAAACACUGGGCCUGGUGCUGGUACUUCUAAUAGGGUCACUUGGAAAGGGUAUAAGGUCAUCACUGAUGCUGCCGAGGCCAGGGAUUAUACUCCUGGAAGCUUCAUUGGGGGCUCUAGCUGGUUGGGCUCAACUGGGUUUCCUUUCUCUCUUGGUUUGUAAAUUAUGUGAAACUUUUGAGUCUUGUAAUUGUUACCUAUUGUUAUUGUUAUGUGGCAGAGAGAAACAAAUUAAGUUGGCCCAAAUGUUUAGAAGAAAACAAAAAAAGGAAAGAGGGAGAGAGAGAGAGAUUAUUGCUGGAGAGGUGGGUGGGGGGUUUUAGUUUAUCUUUCACUUGUAUUGGUUGGGUUUUGGAACACACCAUGUUCUUCUACCUUAGGCUAUUUAUUGUGAUAGUGCCAUUGGCUAAAAUAAUCAUGAUAAUAAGUGUAUCAAUGUAAGCCAAAGUUUUGGCUCGUUCAAAAAUUGGAUUAAAAUAAUCAUGAUAAUAAGUGUAUCAAUGUAAGCCAAAGUUUUGGCUCGUUCAAAAAUUGGAUU